GGUUAUACAAGAAUAGCAGAUGAAGAACAGGCCUACUCAUAUGCAAAAGCAGACUCAAAAACUGAUUUUUUGUUUGAUAACUUAGAUGAUAUCACUGAUCAUAAUAAUGCCUAUAGCUCUGAUGAAGAAUCAAGUGAUGAAUAUAAUGAUAAUUACUUAAUCAGAUCACCCUCUAAUCAAUUAAACGUCACAAAAAACAUGUUAAAAGAAUACGAGAAAUUCGCUUAUGUUGCAAUUGUAAAUUUAAUCACUUUAGAAAUGGCUACUGAAUUGGCAAAACUCAAUUCGAGUAGUUUUAGGACAAAUAAAAAGCUAUCUAAGGCUCAAAACUUUUUGGGAAUUUGGUCAAACAAAAUAUUGAACAUUUUGUAUCAACACUUAGAUUUGAAUGAAGACGAAAUAACAAUGGUUCAGAAAUUGAGCUCGCAUAGAAUUGAAAUAUCUGAUUUAAGCACCUGCUUAAAAAGUGUUAAAGAAGUCGAUAAUCCGUUCAAUGAUAAUGAAAAUGGAGAAACUCAAUCACUAUCCAAUUCUGAAAAAAUACUCGAACCUAAUGAUGUACAAAAUCAAAAAACUCUUCAAAUUGAUGUUGCUUGGACCGUAAUAUGUGAUCUUUUUUUAUUGCUUGUUUCUGAUGGUACUUAUGAUUCGAGGUCCAGAUCUUUGCUUAUGAAAUUCGGUGAAAUACUAAAUAUCCCUUGGUUAGAAAUUCACCGGUUUGAAAAAAGAAUCACAGAUGCGUUGGAGAUAAAGGACGAUGAGGAGGAAAAUUUGAAUGAAACAGAAAUAAUGAAUUACAGAGCAAAAAUGGCCAAAAAGAAGAGGAUGGUUUACAUUGGAAUAGCGACGAUAGGCGGUGGGAUCGUUUUAGGAUUGUCUGGUGGUUUAUUGGCACCAGUGAUUGGUGCUGGUCUUGCUGCUGGGUUAUCAACAAUAGGUAUUACAGGUACAUCAGCAUUUUUAGCAGGUGGUGUGGGAACUGCUUUGGUGACCACAGCAAGCACUGGUAUUGGAGCCAAAAUUGGAGCAACUGGUAUGAUGAGAAGAACAGGUAAUGUCAGAACCUUUGAGUUUCGGCCUUUACAUAAUAAUAAAAGAUUUAAUUUAAUAGUUACAAUUAGUGGGUGGAUGAACUCAAACGUGGAUGAUGUUAGAUUGCCGUUUUCAACUGUUGAUCCUGUAAUGGGUGAUUUAUACUCUAUUUUUUGGGAACCUGAUAUGUUGACCUCAACAGGCCAGACAAUUAAUAUUUUAGCAACAGAAGUUUUGACUCAGACAAUCCAGCAAGUCCUAGGCUCAACUCUUCUUGUUGCGUUGAUGUCUGCUAUUCAGUGGCCGAUGAUAUUAUCUAAACUAGGUUAUAUCAUUGAUAACCCAUGGAAUGUUUCUUUGGACAGAGCAUGGUCAGCCGGUCGUAUUCUUGCAGACACAUUAAUAUCGCGAAAUCUUGGAACAAGACCAAUUACUCUUGUUGGGUUUUCUUUAGGAGCAAGAAUGAUAUACUCUUGUCUUAUCGAAUUGGCCAAAAAGGGGGCUUAUGGCAUUGUUGAAAAUGUCUAUUUAUUCGGCUCUCCGUUUGUUUCUAAUAAAGAUCAAUUAAGAUUAUCUAGAUCAGUUGUUUCGGGCAAAUUCAUUAAUGGAUACUCUAAAAAAGAUUGGAUUUUGGGUUAUUUAUUUAGAGCAACUAGUGGCGGUCUAAGAAGAGUUGUGGGUUUAUCUCCAAUUGAGGAUAUUGAAGGAAUAGAAAAUUUUGAUUGCACCGAACAUGUAACCGGUCAUAUGGAGUAUCGUAAUCAGAUGCCACAUCUACUAAAAUUGCUUGAAUGGUCUGUGAUCAGUGAAGAGUUCAUUGAAAUUGAUGAACCUGAUGCUGAACAAGGUGAAAGGCAAAGAAAGUUGAUAUUAGAAUUCGAUGAGGCUGCAAGACAAAUGGAAGCUGACAAGACAAAGGAUGAUAAUAAGAAAACCUGGAAAAAAUGGUUUGCACCUAAACGAAAAGAUUGGUGGGAGAUUUAUACUGAAGGCUUGAAGGAAAAUGAAAGAAAGAAA